AAGUAAGAAGCCCCAGAAAAGCAAUACAAGCGUCUCAAUGGAAUUUAUUGCUCCCGGCAAGUUUGAUUUGAUGUAUGCUCCUCCAGGGUAGUCUGCCGGCAAUAGAAGCGGGACCUGUUGUGCUUCGACAGGGACACACGGAGAGGCACAGAAUGCGCAGAGAAGCUUGCUGGAAGAGUCAGUUGACCACGGCAUCUCGUACGGUACGGAGAUAGUCGUAUUGCUGAGGUCAGGGUCCUUCUGAGAUGUGAGUACCUGAAUCUGAACCUGACCUGACAUUACUCGAGUACAGAACACAGUUCGUAGACCCCAUCUUGCAGCAAGGCAGGACCCUACAUUCUUGCGCUUGACAUUGCAUCACCAGCAUAGCCAACCAUCAUAUUUGGUGCAUUCCAACGACGUGACCCAGUACUACUGGGCCAGUAGUAAAGCGUAGGCUUUCUCCUGAAUUUCCAGCAGUAGGGCACGCCUACUCGACAGACCUCACAAUUGGCUCUCAUCACAACCCCCACUAUCACCACCAUUGUUCACUCACUGCACCGAGGUCGUCAUCUGCAGCGCAUCACAAUUUGAGCUUCACUGCUUCCAAUUGGCUUGCAUGGCCUCCAGCGUCCCAUUGACCCCCGGCUUGACAGGCGUUACCAGUACAGGCUCCACGGGCUCUGCUUGCCUGACAGGGGCCACAUCGUAGCGUAGAUCGCUAAUUCUUUGCAGUACGUGAAACCUCCACCACUCAGUGACAGUGACGGUGACGGUGCACUCGGAUGGCAUAUUCACCUCUUCGCCUCAACGACCCCUUUCGCUUCUAUUAUUCACGGUGUUGUUGAAGAGGUCUACUAAUCUCCCUGUCGUUCGGCAGCGACCACUACCAACCAUCACGGACAAGCAGCCUGUGCGACCAGCUUCAACUCACUGCGGCUGACUUUCCAUUUCCGCUGCUCUGCUCAGUAAGACAUUAUUGCCAAGGCACUCCCACAUCCACCAGAACCUCUCUCAAAACCACAACCUCCUCCUCCCAAGUUGUGUAGCACGUUCUCCGGAUGCUUGCUAAUACCUUGUUCGCACUGCUAGGUCAUCCCAAAGCUUCUCCCUAGCCGAAUCCGUCCACGCUCGUUUGCUCCCACAAUUCCGAAUCUUCUCAAAGGGACCCCUCACUCCUCCGGCAGUGCCAUCGGGCCUCCAAGAACAUUCACACGUCGUCUUGUCGUUUGAAGCAUAGGGAUACUGCGGGGAGUGUGGAGAAGGCAAGGCAUUAAUUUGUCUGUGGGAGGUGGAAGCUCUGCAGCAAAUCUCCAAGAUAUUGUUGCGCAGGGCAACAUGUCAACUUCUUCAACACCUCAGGGUUCUCCACCUGGAAAGGCUACCAGGCCCAUCCAAUCUAGCCCUCCUUCAAACUUUGAGGCGAACGGUGAAUCCGAGGAGAAUAUGAGGAUUGUUCCGCCACCUUCGCUCCCAGAGUCUACCGGCCGAAUAGUCGGGGCACCUAUGUCUCCCGUGAGCGUCAAUGUUCAAUCUGAAGAUUGGGCACCGGCGCCAUCGAGUGCAAAAAUCGAAGCCAUAGAAGGAGGGCAUGAGCGGCAGCAUUCAGGGGAAUCUGAGGACUAUAUGGCACAAAAUCCCGGAUCUUCACAAACUCAAGAACUUCCCUACCGGCCAAAUUUCAGUAGAACCCUAACAGAUCCGGCGCAACAACCAAAAACUGCCAUCGCAUCAUCCACUGAGAAUCCAGCAUACAUGGCAGCAUCGAAUGGGUCUUCCCCAAAACGAUUUCCUCCCGAUCGAAUAGGCGAAAAUCAAUCUUCAGUAGCAAGUCCACCCGUCCCUCAGUUCCGGUACCAUCACCAGUCCCAUGCAUCCGAAGGAAGUAACUUCCGUAUUCGACCGGGGAAUCAGACUUCUGGCUCUCCAGCAGAUAAUCAGGUAGAUGUAGGAGCAUCGAUAGGGCGACAUCUGACUCCUACAUUACCCGGCGUUGGCGUUAGGAGGACAUCAGCAAACCGACCAGUGUCUGCGUAUUCUGAAAUGGGAGGAAACAGAGGGCGCUCAGCUUCGCCAUAUAUAGCUCCGGGCUCUCCGGCGUGGAGUGGACGUACACCUUCAGCAAACUCUCACAGAUCCCACGAUAGACCUCUUUCAUACGUUGAUUUGACAAAUGUGUCUUAUCCUCAAGCCCCACCAGCUCCAAUAUCUCUGGAUAAUUCACAGCUAAGAUCUGCUGUGGGUGCUAAUGCUUCGCUUCUUAGUAUGCAGAAAACUCUCGAAAUGUAUCGCCAAAACGUGAAAAAGCUGAAUGAUGCAGAAACACAGUAUGCCUUUGCGAUUUUUCUCAUACAAGCAGCACAAGAAGCAGGGCUUGGGCAGGAUGGUGGCACUACACCUCAGAAGGUUCGAUGGAAAUCCGGCGCAAGGGACCUUGAUAGCAAUGCAAUUAACCAAGCAGAGUCUUCACCGUUAGAGUUGUUGAGUGAGGCGAAGCACAUAUUACAAAAGUUAGCCGACCGAAGUUACCCAUUUGCUCAAUAUUAUCUUGCAGACGGAUACUCUUCGGGCCUUUUUAGUAAAGGUAAAGAAGAUCACGCGACGGCUUUCCCCUUGUUCAUAUCUGCAAGUAAACACGGACAUGCGGAAUCGGGUUAUCGUGCUGCCUUGUGUUACGAAUUCGGGUGGGGAUGUAGAAAAGAUGCUGCGAAAGCUGUUCAAUACUACAGACAAUCCGCAUCAAAAAACCACCCAGGAGCAAUGACUAGACUUGGAAGAGCUUGCCUCUCCGGAGACCUCGGCCUGAACAAAUACAGAGAAGGUUUGAAAUGGCUUAAACGAGCUACCGAGUCGGCAGAUAUGCAGUACAAUGCUGCUCCAUAUCACCUCGGUCUUCUCUACGUGACCGGAGAUGGACAGGAUAUCUUUCAGGACGAGACUUAUGCCGCUCAGCUGUUUACACAGGCGUCGGAUCUGGGCCAUGUCGAAUCUGCCUACAUUAUGGGCGAUGCGUAUGAACACGGCAAGCUAUCUUGUCCCCGAGACCCAGCCUUGAGUGUGCAUUUCUACACCUGUGCUGCUCAACGGGGUCAUCCAGCUGCCAUGAUGGCUUUGUGUGCUUGGUAUAUGGCUGGAGCUGAGCCUGUACUUGAAAAGGACGAGAAUGAGGCAUACGAAUGGGCGCGUCAAGCAGCUCAGUGUGGUAAAUUCACUCUCCCUGUUGCCUUGCAAUGAUUGCUAACAUAACAUCAACAGGUCUCACCAAAGCCGAGUACGCCGUUGGAUACUUCUCGGAGAUGGGAAUCGGGUGUCGACGGGAUCCACUGGAAGCCAAUAUUUGGUAUAUCAAGGCUUCAGAAAGUGGCGAUGAGCGUGCCAAACAUCGGUUAGCUGCCAUACGUGCGGCGGCCAGCGGGGGGACGCCGAUGGAAGUUGCGUCUCCGAAGAGUGGAAAGAUGAAGAAGAAUCCCAAUGGAAAUGAGAAAGAUUGCAUUAUCAUGUGAUUUCUUUUUCAAUAUUUUGCGACAUUGGAUGGAUGGAAUUCAAAAGCCCUGUUUUCUUUUUCUUUUGGGGGCGAUUGGGAUGGAAAGUACUGGGGUGGGUGGUUACCUAACUAAAAGAUCCGUGGAGUUUGAAAAGAGAGAGAGCUGAGGAUUCAAGGAUGGGCUGGCGGUGCUGUGUCUUUUUUUCAAAUGUAUAUAUGAAUGGAAUCUCUUGCAUGGGUGUGGUGUCGUUGUGGUUUGUUGUUGUCGUUGUUGUUGCUUCUUUUUUGGGUUUCUUC